AUGCCCGACCCUUUGUUGUUCAUUAGACCAGCAUCGCUUGAAGAGAAAGAUAAGAAAAAAUUAGAGCAGGAAGUAAAUGAAGAGAAAUUAGAGAUGCCACCCAAUACUAUUACCGCCACUACACCAAAAUCAGUUAUAAUCAUACCCAGAAGCAAAUCUCAAGCGGUAUGCCGUAGAGUCAGCCCGACGUCUGUUUCACCCUCAGGAAAUGCAGCUGAUAUGAUCGAGAAGCACCUUCCUAAUGGGGAUCUGUAUAUUGGGACUUUUGCAAACAAUACGCCUCAUGGAUCCGGUAAGUAUUUGUGGAAAGAUGGGUGUAUGUACGAAGGUGAUUGGAGAAGGGGGAAAGCCUCUGGUAAGGGGAAAUUUUCGUGGCCAUCGGGUGCGACUUUUGAAGGCGAUUUCAAGUCGGGUCGGAUGGAGGGCUCGGGCACUUUCAUUGGAUCUGAUGGAGAUAUGUACAGGGGGUCGUGGUCGGCGGACCGGAAGCACGGUUAUGGAGUGAAGCAUUACAGUAAUGGGGAUUACUACGAAGGACACUGGAAGAAGAAUUUGCAGGAAGGGCAAGGAAGAUAUGUAUGGAAGAAUGGGAAUGAGUAUAAAGGGGAGUGGAAGAAUGGGAUGAUUAAUGGUAGGGGUGUUUUGGUUUGGAACAAUGGGAAUAGAUAUGAUGGGAAUUGGGAGAAUGGGGUUCCCAAGGGUGAUGGUGUAUUCACUUGGCCUGAUGGUAGCUGCUACAUUGGCUGCUGGUCAAAGGACUCUUGCAAAAAUUCUCAUAGUAAUCAAAUCUUGAAUGGUACUUUUUACCCUGCCCACGAUAGCAAUAAGUCCAAUGGGGUGAACGGGAAUGGGAAUGGAAAUGAGGGGGCUUUGAAGGGGUACUUUAGUCAGAAGUUAUCAGCGCCACUGAUGACGGUGGGAGAAGAGAGUGUAAACAUAGCGAUAGGUGGUAGUGCAGGGAAGAAGAGAUCGUCCGUGGAUGGUGGGAUGACUGAGAGGUCUUUUCCAAGAAUAUGCAUUUGGGAGUCGGACGGUGAGGCAGGGGAUAUCACUUGUGAUAUUAUUGACAAUGUUGAGGCCUCAAUGCUAUAUAGGGAUGGAUUGGGGUUGGACCGGGAUGGGAUUAGGCAAUUCCGGAGGAACCCCUGUUGUUUUAGUGGGGAGGUGAAGAAGCCAGGAGAGACUAUAUCCAAAGGGCACAAGAAUUAUGAUCUGAUGCUCAAUCUCCAACUUGGAAUUAGGUAUUCUGCUGGAAAGCAUGCUUCUAUAGUACGAGAUCUUAAGCAGAGUGAUUUUGAUCCUAUGAAGAAGUUCUGGACUCGGUUUCCUCCGGAAGGAUCAAAGCUUACGCCGCCUCAUCAAUCUGCGGACUUCCGGUGGAAGGAUUAUUGUCCACUAGUGUUUAGACAUUUAAGGAAACUUUUUCAAGUCGAUCCUGCGGAUUAUAUGUUAGCCAUUUGUGGAAAUGAUGCUCUGAGGGAGCUUUCAUCUCCUGGGAAAAGUGGAAGUUUCUUUUAUUUGACACAGGAUGAUAGGUUUAUGAUCAAAACGGCGAAGAAAUCGGAAGUCAAGGUGCUUAUUAAGAUGCUUCCUAGAUAUUACCAACACGUCUCUCGAUAUGAAAAUUCUCUUGUCACAAAGUUCUAUGGUGUCCAUUGUGUCAAACCAGUGGGCGGCGUCAAGACACGGUUUAUUGUGAUGGGAAAUAUGUUUUGCUCGGAUUAUCGGAUCCAUAGAAGGUUUGAUUUGAAAGGAUCAUCGCAUGGCCGCACAACGGAUAAGCCAGAGGGAGAAAUUGAUGAAACUACUACUCUUAAGGACCUCGACCUUAAUUUUGUGUUUCGCUUACAAAGCAAUUGGUAUCAAGAACUAAUCAAACAAAUACAUCGAGACUGUGAGUUCUUGGAGACAGAGAGAAUCAUGGAUUACAGCCUUUUGGUUGGUCUUCAUUUCCGCGAUGAAAAUAGAGGUGACAAAAUGGGUUUGUCACCAUUUAUGUUGCGCGCAGGAAAGACCGAUUCAUUUCAAAAUGAAAAGUUCAUGCGAGGUUGUCGUUUCCUUGAAGCAGAGCUACAAGACAUGGAUAGGAUUCGAGCGGGCAGGAAACCCUUGAUCAGGCUAGGCGCCAACAUGCCCGCCCGAGCAGAGCGAGUGGUUCGAAGGAGCGAUUUCGAUCAGUACACUCCUGGUGAAUUUAGCAAUUUGGCACCUCCUAGGAGCGGUGAAGUUUAUGAAGUCAUCCUCUACUUUGGGAUCAUCGAUAUUUUACAAGACUACGAUAUCAGCAAGAAGCUAGAACACGCAUACAAAUCCUGGCAGGUAGACCCUGCCUCAAUUUCAGCUGUUGACCCAAAACUAUAUUCUAAGAGAUUCCAGGAUUUCGUAGGGAGAAUCUUCGUAGAGGAUAGAUGA